AAACAGGCAAAACCCUAGUAAAUCAGGAUUUUUCUGUUCCUAAAAAGAAUUUUUUGAAUUAUCUUCCUGAGGGUCAGAAGUUAAUCUUUUAUCAUUGCCCCCUCUGAUUUGGUAUAAACAAGAUGAAACCAUAUAAUCUAUAUGGAGAUUCUUAGACAUUAUAGAGAUCAGCAUUUUGCUAAGAGUUGAAAAUGAAAAUUCACCUUAGUGGAUGUAGCAGCAUGGACUGUUACUCUAGAAAUAACAGAACAUGAGGGAGACUUAACAAUAGCUGUGAUUUGUAACCCCAAAUACUGGGGUUAGAUUACCCCUAAUUUGCAGAAUCAAAUGCUACAUUUUUCUUCUUCUCACUAUUCUUUACUUCUGAAUUCUUUCUUGGACAUACUGAGCAAAAACUUGAUAAACUUAAUUUUAAGUUAUUUUAAAAUGCACCUAUGUUAUAACUCUUCUAUAGCAUUGUAAGCCAUGUGCUUAACAGUGCAUCAUUGUUCUGCUAAUGAAAUGGAAUUAUGUGUUUUCAACAUCACAGGAUUGAAUAUGCACCUGAGGCAUAGAUUUAUUACCUGAUAAUACAUAUAAUUUAAUGUCCCAUUCCUUAAAUUUAACAGCCCAAGUGCUUAUUGAGAAACUAUCCAAUAAAUAAAGAAGUGACAAAACAGCCUUUGUUGUGGCUAGUAAAGUAUGUCAAACAAAAGCAGGUGUAAAUUGAAAAGUCAUCUUUGAAGCUUAAAAUCUGUUUAAAAAUCCAUACUGUGCUACUGUUACCUGGUAGCCAGGGCUACGGAACAGAGGUGCCUUGGCCUGGUCCUGGCAUGGUGAGUACUGCACUUCAAGGGACAGUUUUGGAAAUGGCCAAGAGCUCCUGGAGGAGCAAUGGAGCAGGGGGAUGUGCCUGGAGAACAGAGCCCUGGCGCUGGACCAGCAGAGAGACUUGGCCCAGCAGGGCAUUCAGCCUAAUUUCCUCCCUCCCUCUGCCACGAUGCUGCCAGGGAGCAUCCCACAGCAUCUGGCUGCUGGAAACACACCCUCACCCCCACCAAUUUAACAGGUAAUAUUGCACGUUGUUAAAGCUUUUUAAUGUCCAACAGCUCAGCUAAUGAGGGCUCUGCCAAGGUCUUCAUAAACACCUACUUAAGGAGGAAUCUAGAUUAUUGAGUUGUAAGAUAUGGAACAAUAUUUGUUCAUUUUGUUGAUUUUUCCUCGAAGGUUCCUACCCUUCUCUGCCCAUUGUCAGCUCUUGUUAAAUGCUAGCCCUGAUAUUGACAGGUUGUGAGGUUUUUUUCCUUCAUGUGCAUCUGUUCAAAUAUCAAAUUUAGAAUCUUAUAAAUAGCACUAAGCUCAUCCCUGUUGAAGCAAGAGGAUAUUUUAGGUCUUCUCCAACAUGUAAAUUCAACAGACUGGAGUUUUCACCAAAUAUCUUAAAAAAAUGUCAAAUUUUGAGCAGUUUCACUUGGACUUUUACCAGUCUAAUUAUACCAUAGAGGACCAAGAGGAAGGUUGCAACAGCUAUGGCUCAGACAAAAACUUCUGUGAAAGCAGAAAGGGCCAGACAGAAAAGCAACCUGCAGCUGGGGCUUUUGUCCCAUCAGACAUGCUCCUGUCCCCUCAGAGCUACACGGGUCAGAUUUUGCAGCCAGCGUACAGCCCCGACACUCCUUCUCAGCUCGGUUAUGCUGAUGGAUUUGACGAGGAGCCUCCUUUGCUAGAAGAACUUGGGAUCAAUUUUGAGCAUAUAUGGCAAAAAACAUUAACUGUUCUAAACCCAAUGAAGCCUGCAGAUGGCAGCAUUAUGAAUGAGACAGACCUCACUGGACCUAUGGUUUUCUGUUUGGCCCUUGGAGCAACACUGCUGAUGGCAGGAAAAGUUCAUUUUGGCUACGUGUAUGGGAUGAGUGCCAUGGGGUGCCUUGCCAUGCAUGCCCUGCUGAACCUGAUGAGCGACUCGGGAGUCUCGCACGGCUGCGUUGCAAGUGUCCUGGGCUACUGCCUGCUGCCCAUGGUCAUCCUGUCCUCCUCUGCAGUUCUCUUCUCCCUGCAGGGGAUCCCAGGAACUGUGUUAGCUCUGUUUGUUAUUGGAUGGUGCAGUUUGUCAGCCUCCAAAAUUUUUACAUCUGCAUUGGCUAUGGAAGGACAGCAGCUCCUGAUUGCAUACCCAUGUGCUUUACUUUAUGGACUUUUUGCACUUCUAACAAUUUUCUGAGAUGCAUUUUCUGGUAGUCUUCUUACAGUCUGUUUAUAGUUGUUGGAGGGGAAAGAGUUUAUUUGCUUAUUUUCAGAUUGCCUAGAGUUAAGUUCCAUUAGCAAAAUUAGAUUCUAUGACUUACUGUUUUUUUUCCAAAUGGCUGAUAAUGAAAUAAAAAAAUUAAACUAACUGGUAGAUGGCCUUAAAACAAAGGUAUUUUGACAAUCUCAGAGCUUAAAGAAGAGAAAUUGUAUUGAGAAGGUAGUAAAA